AUGAUAGACCAGUUCAUCCGCGUCAACCAAGCCGGAGAAACCGCUGCCGUCACAAUCUACAAAGGGCAAAUGGCUAUCUUAGGCCGGCAAACGCCAGAGCUCAAAACCUUGCUCGCGCACAUGCGCGAUCAGGAAAUGGUGCACUUGGAAUUAAUGGAUCAGCUCAUUGUUGAUUUCAAAGUGCGGCCCACCUUGUUGCAGCCCUUGGCAGCUGUUGGCGGGUAUAUGCUGGGUGUUACUUCGGCGUUGUUGGGCGUCAAGUCGGCGAUGACUUGUACGGAGGCUGUGGAGACGAGGAUUGGUGGGCAUUAUGAUGAUCAGCUUCGUGACUUGUACCAGCUCAAGUAUAAGGAGUUGGAUGAGCUCAAGGGUACCAUUGCAAAGUGCAGGGAUGAGGAGCUGGAGCAUUUGGAUACUGCGGUGGAGAAUGGAUCGCAGCUGGCGCCCCUGUAUAAGCUACAAUUUGAGCUGAUCAAGGGCGGAUGCGGCGUGGCCAUCUGGCUGUGUGAGCGGAUAUAA